AUGCCGAGGAGAAAGCAGCAAGCACCGCGGCGGUCAGUAGGUAAGCCCCGCACUUCAAACACACAUGCACACACACUCACACACACGCACAUUUUCCUCUUCCCACGGUCGGGAUAAACAGUCAGGAAUCAGAGCCAGUGUGCUCUAUAUGCAGAUAAGUUAACCCUGUAGAUUUCAGGCCUUAUGCAGAGCACAAAACAAGCAGUGCAGCACCUCUUCUGUGUAUUUAUCUACAUAUAAAGUAAAUGCAGUCUAUGUACUCUCUCUCUGUAACACCUUUAAGCUCAUUUAUAAGUUUAUUUCUCCUCGCUUGAACGCUUCUCCACCAGCAUCCAACUUGUGCCAAACAAAGCUCUCAGCUUAUCUCAUCUGAACAGGCCGACGUGUCUAAUGUGUCGGUGCCUGUGAGAGACAGAGAAAGGAGAGGGUCGUGUUUUGAGCCUGUGUUCCGCUCUGGGAUUGCCAUCCUUGAUUUGAUGCUUGAUUGAUCGCCUGUCAUGCGACCGCCUUUGAUCUAUUCAUUCUUGAUAAACAUCAGUAAAUCAUUCAGCGCGCAAACACGCAUGCGCCGCGGCAGCUGGACUUUCUCAAAAGGGAGUAACUUUUUGCCCCCGCUGAGGAGGAGCGAAAGAAAAGACAAAUUGAAAGAAAAGUUCUCAAGCGGGAUAAAUACUUUGCGAUUAAUAUCCCCAAGAGGGAGGGAACAAGGGAGGGGUGAGGAGGAAGGAGGGGUGAGGAGGGGUGGAGUGAGAUCACAGAGGCAUGAACGGGAAAAGUGCAGGGUGAGGAGAGGAGGCAAGAUGGUCACUUCAGGUUUGUGACAUGACUUAUAGGUGCUCAUAAAUCACAAAUAGAUCAAAUGAUGCACACAUGCUGCAAAACAAACACCAAGAGUGUGCAAAAACACUUUUUAACACCUAUUAUUUGCACUACAUGAACUUUGCUAACUGAUGUCAAAUUGCAGCCUCCUUAGACAUGCUCAAAUACUAGAGCAUUAAACAAAUUUAAAGAAAAAAAAACCACACUAUUUGAGUUUAAAGUAAGGCACUCAGCACAUUUAGAAAGAGCUGACUACUUUCCUUUUUAAAGCAUAAAGGCAAACAGCAGCAGUAAAUAACCAAACCUUCACCCUUUACUUUGGACAGCCGUGCUCACAUGUUGUGGCUAAGCUGACCAGACGUGAACUACUCUGAGAGAGGAUCACAUGUUUGUCUGAAUCCAUUUCAUGUCCCGGAGAGAUGCGUGUGAUUGACAUGCAUUUUUCAAAAUGACGAGAGGGGGGAAAAAAGAGGAGCCUUUGAAGUUUGUGCAGUAAUGACCAAAGCCGAAUAAAACAGCUGCAGAAUGUUAAGCAGGCGGUUGGAAAUGUGAGGUUAAGCAGACUUAAUCAAGGUUGUGACAGAGAGACUUUGAACUCUGUGGGGCUGUAAUUUCUAAUUGACGCGAGGCUUUACUGAUGGAUGGAAAGAAAUGUGUUUGAAGAGCCAAAAUGAAUAGCAGCGUUUUUUAUACCUUUGCCACAAAUUAUUGGUUACCCCCCUCCAAAGAGGGCGUAAAAAGUGAUGCUUUUCCUGUUUUCCAGCUCGUCUAGCCGAGCUCUGAAGUGGCCCCAUUCUGGCUCAGCUUUUGAAUAUUGAUUUAAUUGUCUGUUUUUGUGACAGACACAUACAUCACACGCAGUAAUGGUCAAUCCCAGCUUGGCAGGCUUUGUGUCUGCAUUAUUUCCAGUGCAUGACAUAUGGUCAAUGCAAAAACUUCAGCACCUCUUCAAAAAAUACAGGCUGUCUCUCCAGAUAUUUCCACUCCUGGAAUUCAUCACAAGAAUAAAACAGUGCAUAAACUCUCCACAGAAAUGAUAAUGAGUGAGAUUCAGGAUUUCAAUGGCUCCUUGUGUGCCAUUUCAAAUGGGCUUUGUUUCAUCAGUCACAGUGAUGAUUUUAGACCCUGUAAUGGUGCUGCACCCUAUCUACUUUAUGGCCAGUGACAAUACAUCAGUGUUGUUCAUUUGGAGCCCCAUUACUGCAUCUGUUAGUUUUGGCAGUUGACUUCAGCGCAGUGCUAUUUGAGCAGCAGAGACUUUUGCUGCAGUCAUUUGUCGUCUUUUUUUUUAUAGUUCUGCUUUCACUUUAGACAGUUAUGGUGACGAAUUUUUGACAGGAUCAUGCAAGGUAAACAAUGGAGCAACGGUACGUGAUUGAGAUGUGCAUAGGUGAAAAAAGACUGGGAAAAGUGUGUUUUCUGUUUACCGGUCAUAGAUUUUACAUGAGUAAUAACUCAUAAAACUCUUUUUUAUCUCCUUCUUUUGCUUUUGUGCAGAAACAAGAAAUCAGUAGUACAAAAAUGUCCUCCAAAUCUGGAAAUUGGUGAAUAGUUUGUGUUUUUUAUUCGGCAGAACAUGCUGGAAAAUCUUCAGAUUUUUUUAAUCGUUCAUAAAUACUGCCUAAGUAAAAACUCACACAAAACCUUGUUUGUUGUCACUUUUGUUUUGUGCAUAAACAUAGUCAGUGUUAUAAGUCAAAUGGUUGUGUCGGACUUUCAGCAGAAAAUCCUAAAACUUCCCAUUUUUCUCUUUUUCAACCAUGUGACCGUUAAUCUAGAGUCAAAACUCAUAAAAAAAACAAACUCAUUCUUAUUGCAGCUUUUGCUUUUUUUGCGGAAAAAAAAUCAGCGGUUAAGGAAUAGCCUCCAAAUUUGUUUAUCAGUAAAUUGUUUGCAUUGUGUUUUCUGCCAAAAAGUGCUGAAAAUUCUCAUUUUUGGAGUGUUGUUCCAGUUUUUUUUAGCAAAUAUCAGAACAAUAAAUGUAAUGACAUGGUGACUUUAUAGAAAAUAUAAAUCUUUUAAAGUUUUUAAAUGCUGCAAACACACACACACACACACACACACAAACACACACACACACACACACACACACACAUAUUGACAAUCCGACAAUGAGCAUGUUGGCUUAUUUAAAAUGUUUUUAUUUAACGUAAAGAGUGUAAAAAACAUUAAAAAUGUCACAUUAACACAGUCAACAGAUCUACAACAGCAGUGAGUAAGUCCACCAGCAUAUGUUGGAUACGAUGUAUAGGAAUAACAAGAGCUGUAGUUGUGUAUUUACGUUGCUGCUGAGGUCACAGUUUUGAUUGCUGUUGGAGAAUUAAUGGCCUCCCUGCAACGUCUUCUGCUUUUACUUCAGCAGCCACAAUAUCUUAAAUCAAACUCUGUCACUCUAUGUAAUGAAUCUGUCAACUAAUCAUUCAACAUGUCAGCGUGAUUACAGAGCGACACCGUGUGAGAUUUAUUCUGCAGGAGUUAAAAAGGUCUGGAUGCAGAAAAAUAAAAUUUUUUACUACCUUUACUGGGUAACAUUUGGUUUUAUAGUUAAAGGAGGAGGCGGAGCAGAGUGUGAGGCACCAAUCCAGAGAGAUCGAUCAAACUCACAGUUUUUAGGUCUAGUUAGAGGUCACUCUUUUAAUGCUGAAGGUUAGAAAUAUUUGAGUCCUUGUCCUUUUUUGUACACAUCGUGAAGUUGCAGAAAAGGACUUGCUACAUGAACACACACCUCCACAGUUGGGGACAGCAAUUAGCCUGCCUCUAUCUACUGUCUUGAUAGAAAUGUUAGCAAACAAGCUAGCCACUCACACAGGGAUGCUGCUAAUUAAAAAGUUUAGCACUCCAAACAUAAAUCAGCUUUCAAUGAGAGACGUGAAUGCUGUUAAUUUCGCUAAGAUGUAUGAUUCUCCGGUAAACGAACCUCAGAGCAACAGUUUAAUGAUCUGUCCGUGUAGCUUAGCUUGUUUAAUUAAAGCACCUUGCCACAUGUCCGAAAGAAGCCAAACUGAUUGAACAGGAUGCUCAGACAGAGACGCUGACAUCCCCCAAACACAUCCUCCUGUACUGCCACUGAUACCACUUCUUCAGUGCUUAAAGGAGUCUCUUAAUUAUGACUGCAGGGUGGGCGGGUGGGGGUUGAAGUUGAGCUUUCCUUCCUCCCGACGGCAUCGUUAGCAGCGGUCCCUAAUUAUCCAGGUAGAGCUGACGGAUCAGUGACAGGGCCGCACCGAUUAAUGCUUACAAAUUCAGCAAGGUGUCAAGGCUGCAAGCUGCUUUGAUAUAAUCAACUCGGUGUUAGCCACUCCUCAUACUCAGUUGGGCUGUAAGCUAGAGCAGAGGUGGCUGAAAUCCUGACCUGGCUAAGCUAAAGCCUGGCUGGACACAACAGUUGUAUAAUGAGGUUUCCAAACGUGCUACUGUGAAUUUUUUGCUGCAAGUUAAAAAAAAAAAAAGGUGUAGCUGUCACACACUGAGGAAGAUUUUCUUAAUAUUUUCCCUGUGAUUCGUCUUGUAACAACUUUUUUGGUGUGUUUGACAGAACAGGAACAAAGUUCUGAGCCACGUUUUGUUGUUGUUGUGACUCCGCAUUGUAUUUUCUCUGCAGGAAAAUGUAGCUCACGGCACCUGUCAACUAAGAAGGCAGCACCUCGGAAACUUGUGUUGGUUUUAUCAGGAUGCUUCUGAUAAAGCAUUUAAUGACAUUUGUCAUGAGUUGAAGCUGCACUGUGGGAAAAAAAUUAGGCUAUUUGAAGUCUGCAGAUGAGAGCAGUGUGUGUUUGUGUGUCGCAGAGCUGCACGAAGACUGUGUGUGUGCGUGUGAAGUAUUCAGAUCUGGUGAUAAGGUGGUGCAUGCAAAGUGUCAUUAGCAGGUGACAUUGACUGAGGAAGUCAGUGGAUAUAUUUGCUACCUCACACUCAGUUACACCCGCGUGUUCAUUUGCAUGUUGUGCUGGAACCAGGAGGCCUUCAGGAAAUCAAAGACACACACAAGAACACGCACACACUCGCACUACCACGCUCUCUGUCCUCAUCUUGGUGGAGGUUAAGUGACAAAUGAAGAUCGAUGACUGCUCUUAUGGAAAAGAGAGGCUUGGAUAGAAAAUAUGUCGGAAUUAGGCGCCCCGGCUGGGUGACGAUGUAAAGGCGUUCAGCGUCGCAGCCGCGAGGUAAAACUAUCCCCGGGCUUAAUGAGGUUCAGAGGAAGCAGGAAAACCUGGAUUUCCACUCAAGCACAGAAGGAAGUAAAGAGAAGGUCAUUUUAACAAGAAUAACACUCACCAGUAUCCUCCCUUCUCUGAAAUAAUCAUCUUUAUUGUGUCUGAAGCUGCACAACAAGAGGCACAGUGUACAGCAAGGAUUCCAAAUAACAACAGGAGGAAGAACAAGCAGAAAACGCUCCUCAUGACAGUCCUUUUGGGAUUAAACUCUGUCCUGGUAAAGUUUCCCUGCUGACUGGGUGAAAAAGAAGAGUGUGAAAUGAUAGGCAACUUCAUAUGAUAGUUAAAAACAACACAAUCAUACAAAAAAAAUAUAAGAUAUCAGAAAAUAGUGAAGAAGCAUAUAAGUUCCUAAGAGUCCUAAAAGCGAACAAAAACCAAAGAUAUUUAGCACGUCUUUAAGUCCGACCAAAAAAGGCACCAAAUCUACACACAUGUGAACAUGUAAAUAGCGAUGUCUAGUAUUUUUUAUUUCAGAUCCGGUGAGGAGUUUUUUUGACAGUCAUAAAUUAGGUUGAAACUCAUAUUGAAGCUUUUUUUAGAAUUACAAAAGCAAACAAGACCAUCAGUGACAAGGCUGACGAUUUUCAUGCAAACAGUUUUAAUGCUUGAAUCCAAAACGACAGAGUAGGUGUGAGCCAGGCAGCCCUUUUUAAAUACAAUUUUCACAUAAAUUUUCACAGUUAAUAAUAAAUUUGAUCGCCAAAUGUCAGCUGUGUGAGAUUUGCGUGUUAGAAGACAAAAAAAGCAAAGACUGAAUUGUCCACAGGGGGCGCCAUAAUUGCCACAGACUUCCUUACAGAAGCUUUAUAAGUGAAAUCUAUGCAUUGCCUGUUAAGUAUCUAAUCAGAUAUUAAUUUCUAAAUGUCAAGACACAAAAAGUUUCAGUUCAACAUCAAAUCUAGUCAAUAGAAAAUACGCUUGAUCCAGCACUUCUUAGUUUAUACGCACUGCUCCUUUAGUGCUGAUCAAAGCAGCAAAAAUCGCAGGCCUCAGACAUGUUUCUUCACACAAACAUCGAACAGUUUCUUCAAUAAUUCACACAGUUUAAGCUUCAUAAAAAAAGGACAGGAGAUAAGUCUUGGUGUAGGGAACGAAGCAGAAAAGAGACAGAAAAAUGGCUGCUCAUGAUUUAAACGGAGAAGAUGGGAGGUCCGGGUACACUGAGAGGUCAGUGUGUGCUCAGGGGAGUCCCUGUCUCAGCUGUCUCUCUUUUACAGUCUGCUCUCCAUGUGUUUUCUUGCUUUGUUGUAUUUCUUACCUUUGGCAAACAGCUGUCUUGUCUGCACCGUCUAAGUAUGUCAGCAAAAGCAGACCUUAUGUUUUAAGUAACAAAUCCUGGUGUAAUGUUACAUUAGGGUGUCUGUAUGUGUUGUGUGUGUCCUUGCAUGAUUGAUGCUCUGUUUGCCAGACAGACGCCGCCAAAGAGACACAGUUCGCCUCUGUUGGCUGCUGUGAUCAAAUUAUUCCAAAGCCAAAGAGACUCUGCUCGGAUUCAGAUAUUCUUCUCUGCAUUUGGCAUUAAAAAAAAAAUUAUUCACGGUUCUUAUUCUCUGCUCUACUCGAUGUAUUAGAAAUUGCCACAGAGGCACUCCUUGCUGCAGUAAUCACAGUAAUCAUUCGAGUCAUGCGGCUGCAAGCACAGUGAAGUUUAAGAUAAUUCUCAGUGGUCUUUUGUUAUUGGAUCUCCUGCUCGCUCAUAUUGCUGAUGCAGUCUGAUCAGUCGGUGAAGCUAAAGCUGAAAAACUGCCACAGUGUCAACAUUAAAAACAAGAGCCAAACAGAGCAAACCACAGCAGAGGCCUAAAAGAUUUUUAUUCCAGAUGCAAACUCAAAACAUGACAUCCAUGCCUCUAAUUUUACCAUCACUUUUAGAUUAUUUUAAAUGUUUUGAAGGUUUGCAUCUCUCCACAUUUUGCAGCCCCUGUUAGAUAAUGUUCGCUCAUAUCAUUCAAGGCUCUAUGCCACCCACUCCUUGCUUCUGUUAGCAAACCUUCAACAUCUGGGCUCGAGGCAUUGUGGGUAACAGAGGGUGCUGAGGGGAAGAAGACAACAGAGGUAGUGAAUGAGUGCCUGUAAGAAAAGGUAUUAAAAGUGACAGAUGAACAGGACUCUGGUAGACGUUCUCCCACAGCAGCUGUGACUGCUGCCAUCGCUCUGACAGGUGUCAAUUAAGAAUUACUGCAGAGGCCCUCUAGUCAUUUUUUCGCUGCCCAGCUGUCUGUCUGUGGGCCUUUCUGAGAAAUAACACUUUACCCUUGUCACCGCUGUAGCGCUUAGCACGACCGCCCUGGAAAAUGAGAGCAUGGCGGGCACGCUAAUCGAUAACCAGUGUAUUAGCAAUUAUUUUGCCCAUUGAUUUAUGGUGGGGAGCGACUCCCACCGAGCUGUUAUUAGCCGCUGAUUACAUGAGGCUGAGCUCCACAGCAGACACGCACAGUGGCAUUAGACUUCAAACACUGUUGCUAGGUAGAUUUACUCAGUCAGUGAGUCUGUCGUGUAAAAUUCAUCAGAUAUUUCAAAUUUUGCAAAUUCUGGACAUCUGCUUUGAAAGCAACAUCGUCUUGUUGAUUGAGAAGUCGAUUUGAUCUCAGUCUUUUCUCAAAUGGAACAUUAUUCAGGUGGGAGUGUUUGCUGUUUAUGCUUUUAGAAUUGAUUCACUGAAAUAUUUUGUUCCAACUUCAUGAAUCAUUUUAGAAUUUUAGAAACCACCUCGCUACUUGUGGGUUUGAUUUAAACUCAGAGGCCCUCAGCUUUAAUGAAAUAGUUAAAGUUGCAAAUACACUGCUCUUGUUUGUAACAAUGGUUGUAUUAAGCUUAUAGAUGAAUCAAUGGCAAGAACUGUCUUAAAACUCAGUUCUCAGUCAAUUGUGCAGUUAUAGCGUUGUCGUACGCAUGUUUACAUUUUGCAGUCACACAAAUAGACCGCAUGCACAGCGGUCUUUACUCUGAGUUUCACUGAGGAAUGGAUGUCAGCUGGCUAAAAGAAGAGGGGAGGAUAUAUACUUGAUGAUUUAGCCCCAGUGCAAACCAGCAGGUGCCUGAACACAACAACCGUUAAAGCAGCAACAUGUAUGGUAUGGUGUUGGGCUACUAUUCCAGUUAAAUAGAAUAUAUUGGUAAUUUUAUGUUAUGUAUGGUCAUUGGUGGUAAAACCCUCAGACCAAACACACAAACAAACACCCCACAUUAGACGAAGGGUUGUGAAUGACCCAACCUCAAUUACACCAGCUAAAAAUCCGUCUGAACCAGAAAGAGAGAGACAAGCACAUGUUACGUUGCACUGAAAAAUCCAAGCCACCUACCCUGAAUGCACCAGUGCACACAUUAGACUCAUCAUAAAAGAAAGAGUCAAAUUCAUGCAUCCCUUCAACAGUGUCUAUAAUUGUCUUCCAGGUUUUAAACAAUAAAGAAACUGUUACGCAAAGAGAAAUAAGUCAGCACUACCGACUCUAGAGCAGUUCAUUUUGACUGAGUGUUCAAUCUCUGCAGAAACUCCAUUUAACUUCAAAUAAAAACCUUGUCAUGCAGAGUUGCAUCAAUUUUUCACCCUAAACUAUAAAGCUAGUCCUCUCCAGCUUGAGGCUUACAAACAGAAUUUGUGUUUUUGUUAUGUUUUUGCAGUUGCCAAGGUAAAGGCAGGAUAUGAGCUCAUAUACAUAUAUAGUACAUGAUAACUGCUCACUGUUGGUGUUUUGCAUUUAAUCCUCCUGUACACACCAGAAGAACAUUAGCAUUAAUUAAACAUGUGCAAACUAAGCAGGAGCUACCAGGAGAGGGUGUUUUCAUUCUAGAGCUUGAAAAGAAAGACUGUUUGUCUACGAGUCUAAGAUAUAUAAGGAGAAUGAAGACAGUUGCUUUUAUUGCAUGGAGACAGACGAAAGCUGGACUCAGCAUAUCCAAAUGGUGUGAGUGGAUAAAAGUCAAAGAAAAGAUUAUAAUGUUUUUGGACCAUCUGUGAGCAGAGACAGUUAACAGAUGACACUCCGUCCUUGUCAGCGGAUGCCUAUGAAGGUCAUACUGCAGCCUGGUGUGGUGCCACCACCACCUCUCCUUCCCUUUCUUACCUCUUCAUCUCUAUCUCAACCUUCUCUCUCUCUAUCUCCUCGUUUUUAGGGGGAUUACCGGCCCACUUCCUCUCUCUCUCUCUCUCUCUCUUUUCCCUCUAAGCCUUUUCUCAUCUUCCUAUCUGUCAUCAAUCUCUAUCUUACUGACUCAAUUCUCCUCUCCCCAGCUCAUAUUUUCUUUCAUCUCCCUCCCUGUCUUGCAGCCCUCAUCCAUCGCUCCCUCUCUCUCUCUUUCUUUCACUUCUCAAGAGUCAGUGAACUGGUUACAAGAACAUGAACUCUGCAUGUGAAAAGGGAAGCAAAAGAGGCUCGCUGGUCUUGUUCUCAUAUUUCAAUAACCUCUUUUCUCAUCUCACAAUAGUUUUGUUUCGGCGACAUCAGUUUCAGAGUUGUAAAAAUCUGAAAGGUCACAGGCUACUUCAUUCUUGUGUCAUCGUCUUUGAAGUCUAAACACAUGACUGUCACAUAUUUUCCAAGCGUCAUCUCUAUCCCCGUUAAACUCUCAGUUAUGAAAAAAGCAAGCUGCAUGGGUAAAGCAUCAAAGCUCCCAUUGACCACAUUUUGCUCGGGGUUACACAAAGUAAUCACUCAGCAGUCAUCAUCUUGAUAGGCAGUUAAAAAGAGGAUAUUAUGUCCUAGGAUCACACUCAUUUCUUAUUUCAACAACACCACAUGCCACCAACCCCCCCAUCCCCGAAAACUCCUCCAAAAUCUGUCCUGAGCCGCCGUCAUGUAUCAGACAGAGACGGUCACAGGGGGUCUAAGCUGGGCUCUGUCCUCUAAGUCGUCUGUCUCAGAGGGAGCAGCGGGUGGCCUCCCGAACGUCCCCUUUGACAGCGUGUCUCAAAUGCCACUAAGCCUGUGUUACAGCAGACAUGAUCUGUCCAUGUAUCUCACUGUCUACCUGAGCAUCUCUUUCCUGAUUACCUGUCUCUGUUUCAGUCUCUCAGUAUGUUUACAUGCACAGUUAGGUCGAGCUACUGUUACAAUUCGAUUAAUAACUGAACUAUUGUCCUUGUGUCUGUCUACAAGCACCAGGAAAGAAAUGACUCACUGAUCGAAGUAGGACAGGCCUUCUUCCAACUUGUUACUACUGGGCCGUCUCAAAGACGACCUGUUAUUUCUUGUACCAAAAUGACCAACAAACAUGUUAGCAAGAGGGUUAGGGUCAAAUGACAAAAACAUGAACCAUUUGAGAACUCCUUGCUUUUCAUAUGUAAGAUACCACAGUUUCAAGUUUUUACAUCACUUCUUCUGUCAACAACAUAUUUAUACAGAUUAUUAGAACCAUAUACAGUCUGGGAGGAAAGAUACUAGAAACAUAUCAGGUAGAAAUUAAAGACACAGAAUUAAACAAAAUGUGGAUCAGAAUUGCUGGGACUAGACAGCAUAGAACAGACCUUGGCUGGUAACUUAAAAAAAAGUUGAAAAAAAUAUCCUUCUAAAGACAUAGACAUAAGUAUUCCGCUCCGUAACAUAAAUAUUGUUUAGAAUAACAAUCAACUCCUGUUUUUUAGGGAGUUCAGGAGGCAACUAACAACUCAAAAUGUGCUUUUUAACAAGCAGAAAUUCAAAAUGUGAAGAUGUUUAUCAGCCAGCUUUGCCCUAAAUUUACAACUCCAAAAAACAAUGCUGUAAACUGCAGAGGCAGGUCUCUAUGAAGUUCACUUUUUAAUACCUCAUGAACCUUUGCUGACAUGUUUAAGAGAUGGUUUAAUUCUUACAUGGUCUGACUUUUAUUUCAGAAUCCUGAUUUAAAUCUUUCGACACUAAAAAAGUCAAAAUCCUGACCAAAAUCUUGGAGUUAUGAUUUUGAUCAUAAGAUUCCUACUCUAAUCUUAGAAUUCUUAUCUUGAUCUUGGAAUUCUGAUUUUAAUCUUGGAAUUAUGAUUUUAAUCCUGAAAUUCUGACUAUGAUCCUGAAAUUCUGAUUUUGAUUUAUGAUUUUAAUCUUGGAAUUCUCAGAUCAAAGUCAUAAUUCACAGAAUUAUUUUUGAUCUGGCUGUAAAUUCAAGUUUCUGAGAUCAGAGUCAGAAUCAAAAUUCAAAACCUAAAUUAAGGAAAACUAAAGAAAUUAAAGAAGUCUGGGGGGAAAAAGUCAGAUAUUUGACUUUCUCAGCAUUCUGACUUGAAUCUCAGUAUAUCUGAUAUUCUGAAAUCGGAAUUUAAAACAAUCAUAAAGACUCAGAAAACUGUUUUCAGUUGCUGUUAUUUUUUCCCUCAAAAUGGAGAGUAGUAAUGUUUUUUGAUGUGAUUCUACUUUUCAUAAGGCUUGAAUUUGUUACAAAUUGUUUCAUCCUUUUUUUUUAAUGAAACAAAAGAAAGAAAUGUGCGAAGCUUUGAAAUUGCCAGUUGUUGAGGAUGCCAGAGAACUUUUCAGAUUAAUUUAUCAGUGUGAGAAACUGAGCUGCAGCAAAACUGUUUGUGAUCGGAAUUCACUGUGUGAGAGGAGGACUUAGAAAGCUCUGGACUGUUAAAUGAAAACAAGAUGAAAAGCAACCAUGUAAGUCUUUUUCUGGCUAAUUAAUGUAUUUAGAAACAUAGAAAACACAGAAAUACAGCUUCCGGUUUCUUUUAUGCACAAAAGCAGGACUGUGCUCAUAGAGAAAUAAGACUGAGUUGCUGAAUGGCUUGCUCUCAAAAAAUGUAUGUUCAUAAAAACCAGUCGAUUUCCUUCACUUUCCAGUAAGUUACAGAUAGUAAAUAAGGCCAGGCAGCAUGAACAGACAAGAACACUGUGAGUUACAGUUUUCCAAAUUGAUUUAAUUCAUUGAAGAUAAAAUCUGCUGUUAUGGAAGUUUGUUUUCAUAUUCCCAAAGUUAUAAGCUAUGACACUGACCUUUGGAGUUUGAUUUAGAGGUUAGUAAAUCUACAGUGAUAGCUCAAAAACACUGUCAGAACUUUAGCAAAGGGGAAGAAAUGAGCAACAGUCAAAAACUCAUAAUCAUGAACUAUUUAAAACUGAAGGACGAUUUUUUUUCACCGCGCAUUCAUGCCAGACAGUGAAGCUGCUGUUGAAGCGGCGCUGAAGGCACAAUCCUGAGCGGCUAAAAAAAUGGACCCUCCUAUCGAUAUUUUGGAUGCUUUAUGUCUGGAGAAGCUGAGUGUCUACACAACCAGGACUAGGAGCUAGACAGGAUCGAGGAGGGCACUAUUAUGUGUGUGUGUGUGUGUGUGUGUGUGUGUGUGUGUGUGUGUGUGUGUGUGUGUGUGUGUGUGGAGCAUAAAAGGUUGAAAAACGAGGAGAAAAAAGAGAGUGACAGAAGACAAAAAAGAACCAGGGAGAAAAGGGGGGGAGUGGAAAAAGAGGAGGCGAAGCAACAGAGGAGUGAAAGAGAAAUGACUUGAGGGGUUGAGGGAUGGAGAAAAAGGUGAAUGAAGCGAGAGAGGCAAAAGUAUCAAGGCAAUGGAGAGGAAAAAAAGAGUGAGAAAGAGAGAGCGGCUGGAUAGUGGAGAAGAGAGAGAGAGAGAGAGAGAGAGGGGAGGAUGUCACCCAUGGCUGCCACUCAUCACUCACAGCUUAAUGACGCUGUUUUUUUUCCUCCUCCCGCUCCUUUUCCAUGGAAGAGGAGGGGGGGGGCGGGUUCGGCCCGCGCCCAAUCCAGUGGGGUCAUGGAGAGUUCACAACCUCCAGGUGGGACUGUCCUCCACCAGAAAAACAUUAAUGUCUGUGUGUGAGUGGGUGUGUGGCCGGACAAGCAGAUAGAUCAGCUGGUGCGUUCUCAGGAAGUUUUAACAAACUACUUUUUUGACUUUGUCAGCUGAAGUUAGCAUUAGCAUCCAGGCUAAUGAAACCGUAUCCAAGUUUGAAACAGUGUUAGUUAAGCAGCUGUCUGAGAUUCAUUUGUGGUUUUAGCUGAUCUCACAAUUGUAAUAAUUUUAAGACAAACAUGUCACAAAACAGUUCAGUCCUUUGUCCGGUGGAUUCUGUAAACAUGUUUGAAUUUGCUCUCUAAAUGAGCAUUAUUGGCUUAGUGUGUAUGUGGUUCCCAGUGCUUCGGCGGACAGCCUCAAGUGGACACUCAGGGAACUGCAGUUCACAGAACCCGUCAGCUAACUCAGCCUGUUCAUAUAAAUAGUGGUGUUUUAGGUGGCAGGGUUAGACACACAGCGAGGGAAAUAUGAUGGGUUUUAAAUGUCCACGUGAAAAAAUUUUAGUUGGUUAUCGUCUCAUAAACAUAAACCAACGAAUUGAAGCUUGUCAUCUCAUCUUCAUCAUGGAGAAAAGGGGCGUCGGCAAACAUCUAUCGUCACAGCUUUUGUUGGCAAACUAAACUCUGGUUUCAAAGGAAUGCUGACUUGCAAAGAAAAAAGAAAAAGUGUGAUAGGCUCAUGCAAGUCCCACUUCAACCAGCAUCUGGUGUUCUGUUUUGACUUCCUGUCAGCGUUUUAGCUCAAGGUGCAAAUUCCUCGUCCAAAGUUUGUCCUCAUGUGUUUACAUGCAUGUGUGUUUUAAGCAUUUCUGUUUUGAAGACAACUACUCAGGCUGUCUGUUGCUUCCCUCUGGGAUACGCUUGACUCUAGCCUCUGAGUUUGAUACAGUUUAAGCGUGUGUUCUUGUGUUUGUGUAUUUCUGUGUGUGUGUGUGUGUGUGUGUGUGUGUGUGUGUGUAUUGAGCUCUUCUCGUCCUCUCACUCAUUCCCGUUUCUGGGAAGCAUCAGCCGUUUAAAACUCAAACGGCAGGAUUUUUUCCCCUCCGCUCUCCUCCUCGCACCAAAUUUGGGGAACAGCUGGGGCGGCCAUGACGAUGAUUUGUCUCCCUCUGCCCGUCUGUCUGACAGGUUGAGAGCAUGCACACACACACACACACACACACACACACAUUUACACACAGCAGCACACACAGACACUCACUGAUCGGCACAUACUCACAAUUAAACAUGCACUCAGUAUCACACGCACAGACACACAUACCCCUUAUAAGAGACCGUGUUCUCAGGGCGCUGCCAAAACACUCUGAUUUCUUUUAGCCUUGUGCGGCCAUACAUCAGCUAGGGGGCCUCCCAGCCCGGAUGGCAGGGGCUGACAGAAUGACAUGUGUCAUUUAUCAAACGGGGGGCGCCAGGCCUCAGGAAAAGAACAGACCGCCGCGUGACAAAGCCCCCCGAGAGCUCUCCUCCACUCCCAACGAGGGGAGUGUGUCACGGGAUAGACACUGACAAAUCUGCGGAGAUAGAACACAAAUGGAUACAUGCUGACACCAACACACAAACGGAGGAAACACACACUGAGAGGCACUUCCAGCACAGAUACAAAGCCAGUGAUCAUGCAUUUUAUUCAGGCUGUGCUGCAGCUUCAAAAGCAAGCAAAAAUAAGACAGGAAAACUCUUACAAAAAUGCUGGAGAAGUUGGCAUUGGAUUUAACGGCACAGAUACCCACACAUACGCCCACAUAUAUGUUUCCCUUGCAGCCAGAGGAGCUGCAGCCAAAGCUGCUUCUGUUGCCAGCAGCAGGCCUGUCUGUGCGCCUGUCCUUCUUAAUGAACGGUCACUGGCUGCUGAAAGAAAACCCUCUUUUGGCAAUCUUUCCUUUAACAUCCAUGCCUUACAAUAUCCUCAUUUUCUACAUCUCUCUCCCUCAUCUCCCCCUCUCUCUCCCUCUCCUGAUCCCCCCCUCAGUCCCUCGUUUACUCUUUCGAUCGCCUGUUCAUUUGUCUUCAUAAGCCUAAUUUAUUUUUGCUGCCAGAUGCAAGCUGACAGCCAUCAGUCUCUCCUUCCCACACACACCUGACCCCCCAGACAUGCUCAGAUACACUAAAACGCAGCUCCUCUCUCACGUUUUAUCCAUCCAGUCUGCCUCUUUAGCACACACACACACUCAUAGUAUUACCUCACACUGCUGUGAGGUCAGCUCUGCAGUCACAUACCCUCUGUUUUACCCCUGUCCUCCACCCCCUCCAACCCCUCAAAAACCUCCCAUUAACAUUACUGAAGAUGGAUGUGUCUUCAUAGAGGAGAUUGAUUGCGGAUAUAGAGUUAUGGUGCCAUUUGUGUGUGUGCGUCAGUGUUAGAUGGAGGGCACUUUGGGAGCUGAAAUGUGAGGGAGGCAGGCUUUUUCUCUCGUUUCCAGAACCUUCCAGCCGUUGGUUGUCUGUCCGCAGUCUGAUAUUGUGCUCUGUUGAAGGAUUGCUUCCUCUCUUCCUGCCUCUCUCUCCUCUCUCUAUGACUGUUCACAGCCAUUCCCCGCUCACACACACUCACGCAUACAAAGGCAUGCAUACUCACACACACACACACACACACACAAUUAGACUGAGAUGGCCACUGAUACUAGUCCACUUUGAGAGGCCAGAUCAUAAUUUACUGACUUUCUCCAGGGACCCUUCCCAGCCCCUAAUCCCUCCUCACUCCUAUCACCUCUUCUUUGUUGGUUUUAUUGCUGCGGUCAUGAAGAAAAGAGGAAAAAAUCUACACAUGCACAAAGGCUGUAAGCAACUGAAGAAGAUCCUGCUCGACCAAAUUUACUCUCAAUGUAUUAGCCAGUCAGAAACAAAAAAACAAAAAACAGUACAUUAUCUUUAGGUCAACCCUAAAUAAAUUUUAAAAAUCCUCUUAUUGCUCCAGUGUGACUAGAUCUGGAAAAACAUGUAAACACAUCAGUCCGACUGAAAUGGCACCACAUCACACUUCUCAUAGUCGGACUAACAUAACUAGAUAACGCGGUUAGGGAUCGAUCUUCUCCUUUUUCUAUACCCCUCAGUCAGAAUAAAACUGACCGAAGCGUUCUGCACAUGCUCUAGAGUUUGCAUGCUGGGCUUCGACCCUGAAGAUAAACAGCAUAAAUGUGCUGCUAGGAGGCAGGUAGUAAACAAAACCUUGACAGGAAACAAAAGGACUUUAAAAAAAAAUAAAGGUGUUAUAUUACACAAACCCACAGAGCUUUUUAACAAACAUCCUGUAACCCUUUAGCGUUUGUCAGUUGUUUGUUAUAUGACGUAGUAGGUCAGCCGAAAGACAGUCCAGCAUUACUGUAGCAUUUCAGGACAUGCUUCUGAUAAUUCAAGUCUUGAUUUUGAUUGUUAUUGAUGUUGAUGUCACGUUUAUUCAAAACAGUUACAAUUUCACAUCUACACUACAAGUAUUUAAGCUAAUUUAAACCUCUUUACAUUUAAAAUCUCUAAAAGUUCUUAGAAAAUCACAAUAAGCGGAAAAAUUUAAUCUUUUUUUGAUUUCUCAUUUGCCUGGAUGGUAUAAAGUUAUAAAUGUAAGUCAUGUGUACCACAACUAAAAAGGCCCAUGCCUCAUUUCUUUACUUCACUUUGACUUCAUUUUGGUGAUAAUAAUACUGCAUUAAAUGUCAGAUUUAAUGUCAGAUUUCACUUGGAAGUAUUUUCACACUGUCAUAAAACAUUGAAGGUCUUGAGCCUUUUUACUACCGACAUUUUAUCACAGGCUGCAGAUCUAAAAUCAUUUCCUUUUUUUUUUUCUUUUUUUUUUGUGAGCUUUUAAGUGAUGUUCUUUAUAACAUUGAGAAUUGGGCUUAUAUUUGAUUAUGAUUCUGACCUUUGUCCCUCACUUUUUAGCUCUCUAUCUGUGUCCCUUGGCUUUUCAGACACACACAGAGACACACUCCUGCCUCUUCCUGCUCCUCCCUCUACUCUCCUCCUCCUCCUGCUCCUCUCUCCUCGCUCCUCUCUCUCUACUUGUGGCUGCCUGAUAGUUUGUACCAUUGUUGUACAACAUGUUGAAGAUGCAUCAGUCCAUCAUUAAUCUUUACAGGAGCUCCAACUUCCUGGAUUAUAAUAUUUUUUUGAUCAUGCAGGGUCAUAUUUGUAAAGGAAGUUUAAAUCUGAUUAGUCUCCCAGCUCUAAAAAGUACUUAGGAUCAGGUUAUAUAAAAACUCCAGAUAUUGUUUUUGACUCAUUUCGCAACAAUAAGACCUUUCCCAGACUCCAUGUUGGCUCUUUUGGUCAGAUGAGACCAACUAACUGACCAACCAACUGGGUGGUGUCAGCUCCUAUAAGCACACAUCCACACUAUAAAUGCUUUUCCCAUGUAUCUUUGUUCUGCCCCUCUGCUGUUCAUCACAUGUUCAAUCUAAAACCAAUGUUGAAAUGAAAUAGCAGACUUCAGCCCUAGCUCAUCACUUGAGUGGGCAGAAUGAGGUAGAAAAAGUGGUGAUGCAUAAAGGAUAAGGGUUCAGAUGCAGCACAAUAGCUGGAAUUUCCCCUGUGAGACGUGCUGUUAAAAGCACUAAAAUGUUGGGGGACGUCUGCUUGUCCUGAGCAGUCUCCUGCCCCGAGGGUUUGUGGUUCUAAUUAAUUUCCCUGAAGUGACUUUAUGGUUUUUAAAGUUAUGAUUUCUUUGUCUGUCUGUGUUUAUGUUCGAGAAAGGGAUGUAAGUCAGGUCUCUGAGGUCUUGUUCUCAGAAAGUACUCCGAGUUCUUGUGUUGAGACUUGUGUUGUUUGCUUUAUGUCUCGCCAAAAUGUAGUACAGGGUGGAGAGAGGCUGGUGAAAUGUUUUAAUCCAGAUAGAGAAAAUGCUAAUACUUUAUUGAUCCCUGGAGGGGGGGGCUCUGUCGUUCUAUAAACAGAAGUACUGUACAGUGAAAGAAAAAGAGGUAUGCACAACAGAUAAACAAGCCAGACAAGAGGAAGAAAGAGUGCUGUGUCGGACAUGGAGGCUGAAAUAUGUUUCUAUUUUUCUUCUGUUGCAGCAAUUUCACAUGAAGUUGUUUGACUCUGAUGAUGAGCCUGCUCUGCAUGUUUUACACCCCUGUAUGUUCUGUAGUUUUGCAACACCGACAGUUAUGUGCAGUGUAGCGCUGUGAAAAAAUAUAGGAUGUAAGAAAAAUCUGUUUAGUCCUAUUUCUGUUCAUUGUUGACUCUAAAUUUACGUCCCUCAAUACUUCAGACGGUCAAAAGUUUGUGAUAGAAAAGGUAGAAAAAGAAGUCAAAAAGGUUUUCUGCACACGCAUGCUUGUGAGCAGUUAGGAAGCUCACUCCUCCAGUUUGAUGUUUCCUGCUAAAAUAUCUAAAAAUGUCCACUUGUGGAAAAAAAAGAAGGCCUGAGAGCUGCUGUGUCUCACAUAUGUUUCGUGUGGUCGUGAUUGACUAGCUUGUGAGACGUUUGUUAGCUUACAGAGGCUAAGCUGGUGUGUGCACAACAAACUUGUGAAUAGACCGACCUGCUGCUGAGCUGAUUUUUAGCCAUAUUAAGUCAAAUGUUUGAAAAUGGUUUGACUUCUCUUCAUGCUGCGAUCAGAUCUUUAGGACACUUCAGAUAGCUUGAGCUGUGUGUGUGUUUGUGUGUGUUUGUGUGUGUGCAUACUCUCUUUUCCUUCUCCGUGUUUUGCUCCUCGGCGGAGUACAGAGUGUAAAGCCUCUGUGAGUUGAGGGGAGGUCUGACAGGGUGCAGAAGGUUGAUUGAUGGCUUAUUGUGCAACCAGACUCGGCCAGACUGAACUGGUUAGGUUGUGACCCUGUUUUAGCCCCUUGGCCUCUCUUCUUCUUCUUCUUCUUCUUCGUCUUACCUUUUUCUCUUCAUUCUUUCUAAAUUUCUCCGACUGCUUCUGUCUUUUUAGUCCAUACUCAGGCAUACAGUGCAUAAAUAUUUGUGUGUUCAGGCUGUAAACACUUCCCCUGUGUGUGUCUUCUCCUCCGACCCCCUCCUCCGUCUGCUUUGCUGCACUAAACUCAUCAUUGUUGCCAUCAUUCAUUCUUGGCUGCUUCCUUUCUUCCUUCCUCUGCCCACUUUGUUUUCUUUCUCAUCGCUCCUUCAGGACAGGUUUCGUGCCAUGACUCAUUUCAUCAGUUUCAUUUUACAGCCUCUAUUCAUACAGUCAAAAAAACAAAAAAACUGGAUACUUUGGUGGAACACGACGAGACGUUUCCAGAAAACUUUAAAAUUCUAUUAAAUCUGGGGGUCACCGACUCCUCCUGCCAGCUGAAAACCUACUGCAGACUACAAGUCAGCGAAUCAGGAGGGACGAAGUUAGCCUAAACACCAGGGGGACUAGUUUCAACUGUGGUUCAGCUUGUUUUUUCUUCUUCCAAUGAUUUCCUGCUUCAAUUCUCCACACAACCACAGUGAUUUAUGGUAAUUAUCCAUCUUUGGGGUCAUCCAUCAACUGGUUGUUGCUAGGCGAUGGGAGCAGCUGUUGUUUUGUUGGAGGGAGCUCUACUGUCAGGGUUAGUGCAGGUGAAUUCAAAAGACGGCGUCUAUGAAGAAAGACUGAAAACAUGUUAUUUUGUUAGCCUGUAAGAUAACUGAAUACGAACGGAGCCAAUGUCUGCCAGAAACCCUUCAGCCAAAACAACAUUGAACAACUUCACUCGUGUUUCAAAUACUAAAAAGGGUGUCAAGUCUUCAAAACAUUCAAAACUGUCAGGUACUUGUCGUGAGCAUUAAUUCAUGCCACUUAAAAGAAGCUGAGUAACACUUAUAAAGCAUAAAAAGUGUUAAUCAACACAAUUAUAAUUGCUUAUUACACAAACAGUAGAGUAUCAGCUUACUUUACAAAUGAUAUAAAACUAAAACAUGUUUUAACUCUGUUCCCUCAUUAGAGCAAGGAGCUUUUUUAGCAAUUAAUAAGUGAUAAAUAAUGUAAAUGUCAGUCAAUCUUAAUGAGACACUAAUGUAUCUAAUAAAACUAAAUGUAAAUGCUCAUGAAAUAAUCAUACAUUUAUAGUUAAACGGGAACAUAUUAGACCCUACAAUAGGGUUAUAAUUAUUAAUUAAAAGUGUUAAUUAAUUAAAACAUGUAUUAUUGCCUAUAGCACACUUAAGCUACCAUUAGAAACUAACAUCUUAUAAACCAGUGAUAAAAUUCCAUAUGACCUUUAUAAACAUUAGUUAGACUUUAUAAUGGUUGAUUAAUUAAUCAUUGAUAAAUUUAUUUAUUGUUAGCUUGUAAUACACUUGUAGAAAAGUUAUUACAAAUUACGGGGGGAAAUGCAGCUUUAAUAAGCUUUAAUUUAAUAAUGUGUUUAUCAACAUUGAUCUAACUGACUGAGCCUUUUUAAAAACCAUAACAAGCAUUUAUUUUUGUUGACAAACUUAGCUAUAAGCACACACUGGUAAACAAUUUACAGACGACUUAGUAUAUAACGUAUCUAAUAAACACUGUUACCACAGUUACUAUUAAAAAGUAAUUUGAUUACUAAUUACGGAUUACUCCUCUAAAAUCUAACUGAGUUACUGAAUUUCAAAAGUAGGUAAGUUAGAUUACAAGUUACUUCUUAAGUUACAUUCUGCAGCCUCAACAUAUAAAUGAAAACCAUUUUCUGUCCAACACUCACUUUAUUGGAAGAGUAAUUGUAACGGGAAUGUCAAAUAAUACAUGUUUUGUUUUUUGUUUGUUAGUUUGUUUUUUUUAAAUAAAGAUAGUCUUUCUUGACUGACAAAAUAGAAACUUUUUUUUUUCUAAAAUAAAGACAGUCUUUAAGAUAGUAACCAUAUUUUCAUCUUUAGAACGUGCAUCUCUCUCCUCCCUCCAUUGUUGUUUAUGUUCAUUUUGCCCCAGCUGCUUAAUGUGUGUGUGCACAUGUAUUACACAAGUGAGUGGUCCUCAUGCUGAAAUCAUGACUUGUCACUCCCCCACACGAAAACGAAUCGACCUAUUUUUUCAAGGAAAAUGAGAAAAAAGUAACGCUCACAGUGACUCGGACAUGUACAUGAAGUCUAUUUACUGGUUUGGAAAUACCGACGUGUUAGAUUACUCGUCUGAAAAAAGUGGACUUAUUAAAGAACCGCGUUACUAAGUUAGGCGUUACUGGCAUCACUACUAAUAAAUGAUAAUCAAUGUGGUAAUUGUGCUUUUAUUAAGACUAUUAUGUUAGUAAGCUUGCCAUUAAUAAAUGCUUAUUAUAGGGACCUUAAUAUAGAGUGUUACUAAAGUGAUGAUUAAAAAACACGGAGACAACUAACUUAAAGUCUUGAUGUGCCAUAAAAAUUGUUUAAAAAGUCAUAGCUGGUAAAGGAGCGACUAAAUCUGCUUCAUAAAUGACACCUGUCUAUUGCAGCAUGUCGGCUCUUGGCUCUGAGAAAAUUUCAUUCUCAUCAUCUUUAAUUAGCAUUAGUAAUGCUUUAUCUUUCCUUUGCCUAAAAACAAACCAGAUGGUUUGAAAUGUGUGCAGCACAAGAGCUCAAUUGCUGGGUGUGGGGGGGUGGUUGGCAGGAAAGUCGAGCAGAAAGGGGCUGGAGUCUGUGCUGGCGAUGAGCUAAUGGCUGUUGUUUCAUCUAAGAACAAGCAGGCACUGACAGUUCAGGGAAAAGGUGAUUUAUAGACCACAGUCACUGUCAUGCUGCGUCAAAACUGGCUCAUGGGAAAUUGGAACAAACGGGCAGAGCACGAAAGAAGGGGAAGAUUUUCUCUCGUUUAAAGAAAUGGCUGCAGCUCCCUGGAUUUGUUUCUCUCUCUCUUAGAACUGAUCCACUCUGUGAGCAGCACACACUACACCAGCUUUGGCCUAAUGAAGCUGAGCCAGAGGUAAAACGCAUUGUCUGUGUGACCCAUUUAGAAAGCCUAUUAGCAUAAUAUGAGUUCGAGUAAUUGCACAUUACUUGGAACAUAUGUGAAAACCCUGAGGACAGUCAAAAACUUUAGGAAAAGGUCAUGUAUCUCUUAGAAAGUAUCCAAAGCUGAAUUGAAAACAUUUGCAGACAUAACCACCAACAUGCAUGGAGAUGGUAGACAACUGAGGGCUUUAUUUCUAAUGACUGGGAGUCUUGGAGGCUGAGAAGGUGGAUUUGUAUAUAACACAAGUCAGUCGAAGCCCCAGAGCUGUUGUGCCAUAUGGUCGAUGAGUCCAUGUGAAAUGAGGAAGGAGAAGGAGGAGGGGUUUAUAUGUACGGUCAGGAAAAAUGGAGGCUAGAUUACAGCUAAUGACUGGUGUCCACAGAGACAGAUUUUUAUGAGGGUUUGUAACAGGUUUGACGUCUUAACAUUACUGUCUCUGUAUAUUGUAUGAUAUGUUUAACAUUUCCACCCUAUCUUGUUAAUAUCUUUCACACUCAUUUAUCAGGGAUGGGACUUUUCCAGAUUUCUCCAGACAUGGUGAGGUGAUCCACUUUAGUCUUGAUAACGCCAAAACGAUUUUAAAAGACGACUAAGAGUGGGAUCUCUGCAGCCCUACACUCUUUAAUUGCAUACAUUGAUUUGAAUUGCAUACAAGUUGCAUGCAAUGAUUUUAUUGUCGUAAUUAUCAUAGUAAUGUAACUUGGUACUCUGUAAUAUCACCUAUCCAGGGACAGGGGUUGCAAAUUAUAGAACUUUUGAAUUAUUAAAUUUCUCUUUAGGGAUCAAUAAAGUUCUUCUUAUCUUAAUAAGCCAUGGCUACACCUGUAUGCAUGCAUCUACUUUGUAUACACUGUAAAGCAAUGUCCCCUGCAGUUGUCACUGUUAAAUAAACAAGUGGGACCACAUGUCAUUUUCAAGUAUAUUUGAAACUGUUGGUGAUGAGGUUUGCUUUUCAAGCUUCAGUGAGAAACUUCCAGUUUAUGGCAGAUUUGGCACCCCCUGUGGACAAAGCCGUUUUUGCUUAUCUUUCCCUCUACAAGCCUAGGAAGUGACUUUGGCAUUCAAACCUAAGUAGCCGACUUUUGACCCCUUCUUCUCAUAAAUAUUUUGAUACUAACUAAGCCUCCAAACUCUUAUUUUGAAGUCGUCUCCAGGCCGAGAGCAGACAGUUGGUCUGUGUCACUUUACCUCAGUGUGUGUUGUCCAAAGAGAGUGUCGGGUCUCAUGAAAACACAGCCACAGUGAAAAAAAGAGCAAGAAUGAAGAGGACAGGAGAGAGCACAGAGAAACAGAGAUUGUCUGACAUACUAAGCAUUACCAUAAUUGGCUUUUCUACAUGAUGGGACAGAGGAAAUAAUAAUGUCAUUUUAUUUACAGCCUUCUCUCUGCAGAAUCCCGCACACACUCAUGCUCGGCGUACAGGUCAAUGACACACACUGAUCAGGCCUGUCCAAAGCCAUCAGAGGUGAGUGGCAGGGAAUAGAGGGGCCGGUGACAAAGCGAAACGGGAGAGAGAAAUAAGACUGCCACGCCAGAGCUCCCAUUUUGAAGGGAUGCUAAACGGUGUGAGGGGAACUUGCCGGUCGCCCCGCUCCGAAUGUAGCGCCUGGCCACGCGGGGUAAAUCAACUGGGUGAAAGCUGGCGGAAUUGGACAUUAGCACUGCAAAUGAGAGGCAGGAUUGCCCUCUUCUCUGAGACAACAUGAAUAAAUGAAGAAGGUUUAGAGGGGAAGUGUGUACGGUGCGAGGCUGUGUUGUUUUUACCACAAACACUCGAGUUAUCACUUCUGCUCCUCUAUCAUCUCUGAGUAAAAGUAGAGGACAUUUUCUGUGUCUUUGCGUGGUCAAAGUCAUUUAUUAAGAUCCUGUGAGGAAACAGGCUGAAAUUAUGACUAUGGGCUUCAAAAGUAUAUAAGACCUUAAUCAAUCAAAAUGAUUACUUAUAGUUUAAUUGUAAUGCCUGAAACUACUGCUGCAGGAUGAAGUGAUGAACUUCGUGCAGCCAAGAUAGUCUGUUUAUAUUUUACACACAAAAAUUCUCCUUUAGUUAUACAUUUGUCGUGUUAAUCAAUGGUAGAAUGAGCAUUUUGGUAAAGAAUAAGUCCGUCAACAGAUAAGAGGUGUGUUUGUCCACAGGGGGCGCCAAAGCCUUCUCACAGGAGAUUUAAAUUUCAAAGAGAUACAAAGUGGUUUGUCUUAUUCAGUACUUUUGUUUGCACAGUUGUUCAGCUUGUGUGUUUUUGUCUUUGUUGAGUUAGUGUAAAGUAUCAUUUAAAGUUUUUCUGGUGCUAAAAACGUCCUGUAUUCUUUAGGCUGUAAAAUGACUAACUUUAAAAUCCACUCACUUUGUGAGACCAGCAACUUUCCUGUAUUAAAAUGACAAGAUCCAAUUCCUCAAAAAUGGAAGUUACCUGUGAUAAUGUGUGUUUAAUGUUUUUGUGAAAUUGUGUUAGUUCUGUUGUAAGCUGACAAAAGUCUCCAUCUUUGGAGAUCAGAGGCUGUGUCUGUGGUCAGCUGAUCAAUCCUGCUAAAGGAUAAAAGUGUGAACCAGCAGCUAACAGCCUAAGAAGUUAAUUAUUGUUUCCAGCAGAUUUAAAAGCUUUAAAAAGUCCAUGCAUUUAUCGUGUUCAUUUAUUAGUAAGUUAGCCUGGUAGCCACCCAGUAAUAAGUAACAAGGGCAGUGCCAAGUGACGCCUAUGUACAGAGGGGGGAAAACUGUUGAUAAAGCAAAUAAUCCUCCAAAGGGUAGACCAUCUAAAUCCAGUAUGGCCUGACCAGUCUACAUAAGCCACAAAAGCUGGGCUCUUCAAAAGCUGCAGCCCCUGGACUGGGAAUCAGCUAAUGUGGGUGUGUGUUUGUGUGUGUAGACCUCACACAGUUUCCUGCCAUCAGGAGGGAUGUUGUUUGGAGGAGGUGUGUGUUUGCGUGUGUGUGUGUGUGUGUGGGGAAUGUCCCACUGCGGUGUCACCUGUCUGCAGCAGGAAAUCCUGGACUCUGGGCACAACAAUAGUGACAGGCUCCUCUCCAGACGCAGAUGGCUCUGCUCCCCCCCACCAGCCACACUGCAUCCCUACAUGCACCUGACACACUGUGACACUUGACACACACACACAUAGACACACAGAAACCCACAUUAGUAAUCAGUCACACCUUUUGUACCGAACCCCUCAAACUCAAAAAUGAGUGAAACUUCAGGGUUGUUUCUCCCUUUAGUUGAAGUUGUUAAACUGGUGUUUUUAUGACAUACACACCUCCUCUCUCGCUCUCUCUCUCUCUAUCUCUCUCUAUCGCUCUCUGUCUCUCACACACAUAGUUUCUCACACUCCUCUUGUUCUCUGGCCUAAACGCAUCUUUUCUCCUCUCUUUUGAAAAACUUCCCCCUUUUUUCCCUAUCCUCCCUGACAGCACAAAGUGGGCUUAUGUCUUUGACUGACAACCACAACAGACACCUCUCCCCGUCCUCCUCCCCUCCACCCCCGUUUUAAUCCCCUCCCCAUCCCUCCCCCCUCCCUCUCUUCUUUUCUUUUGUUCUGAGUGACGCUGGAAAGCCGCAGUGUCAGCAUCUUUUCCAUCUCUGAUUGCCUUAUUAGCCGGCGGUGGCACCCACAGCUUUUCUGACACAGAUGGUGAAGGAGGAGGAGGGAGAAAAAAUGGCUGACUUGUGUUUGUUGUUGUUGCAUUCCCCUCCCACCUCCUCUCAGGGUUGUUUGUGUGGACACUGUUACCUCGGGCUGACACUGACACACUCCUGACACUGAUGCCUGUCAAGGCAACAUACGGAGGAUGGCAGGGAAGACCAGAAUUUAGUGUUGGUGUGUGAUUAUGUGUGAGUGCGUGAGUGUGUGUUUGUACCGCUGUCAGGUUUCUCUCACUUUGUGAGCUAAGCUGCUUUGUCUUUAACUCCUCUCACCACAUUGACUUUGAAUAGGUGUAGUUUUGCAUGUAUUUCACUACAGUGGGCUGCUGCAUCUUGAUAGAGGAAAGCAGACGGGCUGACAGAAAGCUGAGCAGCUGUGUUGGCAAAAGGUGAGAGGGGAUGCAAAUUCAAAGUAUUCUCUCUGAUCCAUCUUCGGAAAUGUUAAUGAUCAGUUAUCAAUGAAUUGAUAAAAAAAGAAUUCCAAGUCAUAUUUUCUACAUUAUACUGGAUAUCACUGAUGGUACUGAAAAUCUACAGAAUGUAAAGAGGUGUAAAUACUGUUUAACAUGAGUAUGAGUAUCAACCUGUAGAGCAGACUCAUAAGUAUUAUCUCUGCAGACAUACAGUUGAACAGUUAGAGGCUCAAAUUAUAUUGAGCCUCUAACAUAUUGCACAUCUGCAGUGUCCAGUUUUCUACACACUUGUGGCCUGAUCUACUAAGAUUCAAAAUAGCGAGCGCUAAAUUGCGUGUGCAAACUGAAAAAUUGCAUGUGCUAUUAGUGGACGUGUUGCGGGUGAUCUACUAUCAUUGCCUGCACAAUUGAUAGCAGGAGCAAAAGUGGUGCGGACCGCCCUCUUUAAAGGAGGAUUUUGCGUGCGCUAUCCGCUGUCACCACGGAGAGUUUGUGAGAGCAGAGUGUUUGAAACCAUGGAGUUGUAAAUAUCGUUUUGGGGAACUGCAUAAAGGCAAGUUUACUUGUAUAGCACAAUUCAUACACAAGACAACUCAAAGUGCUUUACAGAUCAAGAAGAGAUACUAGAAAUCAAAAAGGGAUUAAAACGAUUUAAAAUCAAUAAAACAGAUACAUGUUUUUGUCUGUUUUGUGUUUGACCUUUUAUUUAUGAAAAUUGUCAUGUACCAGAAAAACGAAAUAAAUCACAAGCUUUUGGACAAGGAUCAUAGUGUGUAUCAUGGCACUUCUGCAUCCUUCUCACCACGAUGACCGUGCGUAAUGCUGCUUUAGUUUGCACGUGCCUUUCAAACAUGCUAAAUAUAGACGCAAAAAAGCGACCGCAAUUUGCACAUGCAAACCUUUCAUAGAUCAGGCCCUUGUUCUUUUUGAUAAAUAAGCAUGUACACGUGGCCAUUGCAAAUGGCGUAAAUGGUAUGGCAGCAGAAAGCACAAACUCAGGAGGUUCCAUAGUGACCCAUAGUGUCCACUUUUCUGUGUACUUGUUCUUAUUGACUACUUAAACCAGUAGUCGUGUCCUGGUAAGUUUCCAGGAGCUUCCAGCAGCUAAAGGUGUUGCACAUGGUGGAGACCUCAUGCAUCUCCACCAUGUGCAGCACCUUUAGCUGCAUUGAUUGGCAGUGAUGCAUGCUUUAAAUUCAAAACACUACACUGAAAGCUGAAUGCGACGUAAAAUAAUAGAUUGUUUACCUCUACCUGAUGUAAAAUCAGACUGAAAUGUGUGUUUGUAUAUGCUCUUAUCAUCUUAUUAACCAGUACUGAACACAGUAACAAAAGUGAUGAUCUUCCUGUAGCCUGUGUUCAACUAAGACCUAAGAAUCAAAAGCAAACGUUGCUCAGGAAUAGUUAAAUUAAAAAGAAAGCUUGAGCGUUCAACUCAUCUCAAACACACACACUUUUACACAAGAGCCAGAGAGUGGCAGCUGUUGGACCUCUAGCUUUUUCCAGGCAGCAGUAACUGGCACCUCACAAACAUCAGGUAUUAUGUCCAUUCCGAUUAUGGGAUAGAGAGCUACAUGCUGUUUGAAGCUGACAGCACAUCUGCCUCCUCACUGGAGACUGAUUCUGGCACUUCAGACAAGCGUCUUGUGAGGAAUGGAUUGGGGGAGCUGCCUUAGCAUAUUUAACCCGCUAUUUCUCUUUCUCUCUCCAGCUCUAUAAUAUUUCUCUUUUAAUCUACAUCCAAGAUCAUUGUAAACCUUAUCCAUCCUUUAUUUCUAUCAUUUAAUAUCUCAUUACUUAUCUCUGUCAUCUCUAGAUAAAGAGUUAUAAUGUAGAUUUUCAAACAAAUGAUUCGUGAAAAUCGUAGAUAGUCUCAGAAAGUGGGCCGCCAUUUUCAAGCGAUACUAUAAAUCUCUCUGUUCUUUUAAAAUGGCACACUUAGAGCUGUGAGUACUCAGGGAGCACAGGCAGUAACAACACAGCUUGUCAUGUCCACUGGCCGUUUCCUAGCAUCACGCUGUGAGGACUUCCACAGCCGAUGCCAAGUUGACUCCAGCCAACCAUGGCUUGGCAAAGAGGAUGCAGCUGGCAUUUUCCUCCACUAUCUCUUACUUGUGAAUCCAUAAUAUGUGUGGCAUGUUAGACGAAUGGAUCUAUAGAUGCCAUACAGCAGUAAAAAGAUGUGUAUUUUUUAUGCUGCUCUCAUUUCAAUUUACUGAUGCGCAAAUUCAGCUUAUUCAUUUGUUCUUACAACUCAGUGUGUAGUGUUGAGCAAAAAUCGUAGUAAGUCUUUAACAGAGCAAUAAAUGAGGCAUAUUUUCAGUUGUGAAAAGACAAAAAUAUCUUUGUUCUUUACAUGAUUAAUAGGUUUCAUAUACUCUCAGGAAUAGUCCUCUGUGUUGUUUAAAGAUGUGCCUGUUUUUUUGGUUCUUAAACUAAGCAGAAACAUUUCCUAAGCUCAUCUCUGCUCUGUUCUCUUUGUGAGCUUCAGUGUUCAAUGGCUUCAUUAGGCAGUGCAGUGAAAAGGACUAUCUGUCAUUGUCAAGAUAUGGAUGUUUGCCACUUUAUUAUAGCAAACCUGUGUCCUCUGCUGGGACUAUUGACAAAAAUUUCUAUAGGGUUAUUAUCCGUACCACCUUCAUAUACUAAGGGAGGUAGCAGCAUUGUGGGUGUCACUCUAAUGCUGUGGUGGAAGUGGGAGAAGAUUGCCCCUCUCAAAGUGCCUUCACGUGUGGACAAAAUGUCAUAAAAGUGUCAUCCUGGAAUUAUAAAAUAUCAAAGAGGGUCCUGUCUGGUGCUCCCUGAAUGUCCCUCCAUAGUAUAUAAUUUUCAUCUGGAUGCACAGCCAUUGUCUAAUAUGAAAUAAGUGUCCCCCCCGGAUACUCCUCUAUGAAACAUUUCCCUUUGAAUUUAUAAAACAUGCAAAAGUGUCAUCCGGACACCCUCCAAGUAGGUUAAAUAUGGAAAAGUUCCCUGCAGAUGCCUUUCUGUUUUAUAAAAGUAAAAAAGUGCCCUUUGGAUGCCCCUCCAUAUGAUAAAUCUUGAGAAAUAGUGCCCCCUGAAAGCCUUCACAGUGGAGAAAACAUGAAAAGUGCCCUAUAGAAGCCCUUACAAUAUAUAUACAAAUUCUUUAGAAAUGCGGUGCAAACAAUAACAUAAAACCAUACAAGGAUGUGGCAUUCAUUUUUUGUUGAUUGCAUCAUUUUUCUCUAUAUUUUCACAAAUUUCAACAGCAAAUUGUUGUGUAAAUAUUCACCAGAAUGCAAGGACUCAAGUAUUUGAUGCUAAAAGAUGACCUUGAUGCCCUUUUUAUUUUUUUGUCGCUGCCCCUCAAACAGUCAGAGCGAGCCACUGUCCUAAUGUUUCAUGAAAUGCAUCUACAAUUAUGUUUCUUCUUUUUCUCUUUUCAGCUUAUGGACCUGAUGACGAAUUCAAGGUGGAUAAAACUGAUGAAGAUGAACAUAUGCAAGAUGACGGCCUUUCCCUGGAUGGUCAAGAUGCAGACUAUCUCUUCAAUGAUGAGGACGAGGCAGGAGAUCGAUACAGCUGCCAAAACUCUCCUCUCAGUAAUGGCACCAACCCAGACGCUGGGUAUGCGUCUCCCCUCAGCACCACCAGUGAUCAGCUGGUGGACCAUAAAACCACAUCUUCCUUAGGUGACCAGGAAAAGAUGAGGGAGAAGCAAGGGGAGAGCACAGAGUCUAUCAAUGGCCUCUCAUUGCAGGACAGUCUGGCACAAAUGAAAGCAGUCUAUGCAAACCUGAUCUCUGAUGCUUCCUGGUCCAGUAUAGCUCUGGACAUGCUUAAAAGUAAACAUGGGAACAAUUACACAGCUAGCAAUGGAAAUGGAGGUAGCAAUCACAAAGGGAGCAAUGGGUUUCUGAACAGUCACAGCCCAGGCAACACCAAUGUGAAGAGCAGAUGUAGCUCAAGCAACGCCUCAGCCACUACUAACACAACCACCAGCAGCACUACCACUAGAACAGUUUCAAGCAACAGCAACAGUGGCGCCAGUGUAGGCUCUGGCAGCACAGGGGGAUUAGCCUAUGACUGGCACCAAGCAGCACUGGCUAAAACCCUGCAGCAUACCCCAUACCAGCUCCUUCCUGAGCCAAGCCUGUUCAGCACUGUGCAGCUCUACAGGCAAAACAAUAAGCUCUACGGCCCUGUGUUUACAGGUGCCAGUAAGUUCAGGUGCAAGGACUGUAGUGCAGCCUAUGACACUCUGGUGGGCCUGACGGUGCACAUGAAUGAAACAGGCCACUAUCGUGAUGACAAUAAGGACACCGAGGAUGACCGAAGCAAGAAGUGGUCCAAACCACGCAAGCGUUCGCUGAUGGAGAUGGAAGGCAAAGAAGAUGCCCAGAAAGUUCUUAAAUGCAUGUACUGCGGCCAUUCAUUUGAAUCCCUGCAGGAUCUUAGUGUUCACAUGAUCAAAACAAAACAUUAUCAGAAAGUGCCUCUCAAAGAACCAAUGCCAGCCCUUACCUCAAAGCUGGUGCCCCCUACCAAAAAAAGAGCAUUUCCAGACUUACUGAUAUCCCCAAGCUCUCCUGAGUCUGUCUCAUCUGGUAUUCUCCUCGGUGAGUCUCCUAAAGACCAAAAACUUGCCAAUCCUUACGUCACUCCAAACAAUCGUUACGGUUACCAAAACGGUGCAAGUUAUACUUGGCAGUUUGAAGCUCGCAAGGCUCAAAUCCUCAAAUGCAUGGAAUGUGGGAGCUCCCAUGACACCUUGCAACAGCUGACAGCUCAUAUGAUGGUCACAGGGCACUUUCUCAAAGUGACUAAUUCAGCCUCUAAAAAAGGGAAGCAGUUAGUUUUUGACCCUGUUGUUGAGGAAAAAAUUCAGUCAAUUCCUUUACCACCGACAACCACACGACUCCCGGCGCCAAAUGAGAAGUCACAACCUGAAUCUCCACUGCAGCCUGUAAGUCCUGAGGAAGGAAGUGAAGAAAAGAGGGAUAAAGAGGCAGAGGAAGAGGACCUGGAAGUCAGAGUGUCAGAGAAAAAAAUUAAAGAGGAGAAAGAAGAUGUUACAGAAAAGACUGAGAAACCUGGAAAGGCAAGAUCUUAUCAGUAUCUACGAGAAGAGGAUUUGGAAGAGACGCCAAAAGGAGGCUUGGACAUUCUGAAGUCUUUGGAGAAUACAGUGUCAAGUGCAAUCAGCAAGGCCCAAACUGGCACACCCACAUGGGGUGGAUACCCCAGCAUUCAUGCCGCAUAUCAGCUACAUGGAUCUUUAAAGUCUACGGUGUCAUCAUGUGCAUCAGUUCAACCUUUGUUUAGUAGCAACAGUCUAAAGGUACUGUCCUCAGAUAUUGGCACUCUGAUCCAUUCACCAAACAGCCCCUCUCCACCUCCAAGUCAUAAAAGUAAUGUGCUGGCCAUGGAAGAGCUUGUUGAGAAAGUGACAGGAAAGACUUCAGUAAAGAGUGAAAAAGAGGAAAAUCUGGUUGAGAGUAAGUACAGGUCUCCAAAGUCUCCACUGCCUAAUUCCAAGGACAAACAGGCUCCACUUGAUCCAGAUACUGUUUCAAAUACGACCGCAGUAGAGGACCAGUCAAAAAGCAGAGAAGAGCAGACAGAGACUAAAACAGAGAGGCAGAUAAAGAGUGAAGCCGAAUCACCAAAAAGGCCCGUAAGCAACGGCUGCAACAACUUGAGUAUCAUCACGGAUCACUCGCCUGAACAACCUCUUGUCAAUCCUCUCAGUGCUCUGCAGUCUAUCAUGAACAAUCACCUUGGUAAAGCUGCAAAAGUAGCAACCCCCUUCAUAGACCCGUUUGCAAUGCUCUACAAGAUGAACAACAGCUCGACUCAGAUAAAGUCCACAGAGCAAGUGAACCAGUACCAUGAAGAGGAUGAUCAGCCCAUGGACUUGACCAAAUCCAAAAACACUAACACUGGUACACCUAAGGGUACUGGUACACCAAACAGCAACGGCAGCAUAAACAACAGCAAACUGGCUUUCAAAAGCUUCUCCCAGUCUUCACCCCUGCCUUUGCGGGAGAAUGCUUUGAUGGAUAUUUCAGACAUGGUCAAAAAUCUGACGGGCCGUCUGACACCAAAGUCUACCACCCCUUCUUCUUUAUCUGAAAAAUCAGAUAUUGAUGGUUGUACUUUUGAGGACAGUUUAGAGGAUCUGUCUCCCAUCCAAAGACGGAAAGGCCGACAGUCCAACUGGAACCCCCAGCACCUCCUGAUUCUGCAGGCCCAGUUUGUCUCCAGUCUACGGGAGACUCCAGAGGGAAAGUUAGUGAUCAGUGACUUAGGGCCCCAAGAACGGGUUCAUAUUUGUAAAUUUACUGGUCUUUCCAUGACUACUAUCUCCCAUUGGCUCGCCAAUGUAAAAUACCAGCUAAAGCGGACAGGAGGCACCAAGUUCCUCAAAAAUAUUGAAUCUGGCCAACCGCUGUUUCUGUGCAGUGACUGUGCUUCGCAGUUUAGGACUCCUUCCUCUUACAUUCACCACUUGGAGACCCACCUUGGGUUUACCUUGAAGGACCUGUCAAAGCUUUCCACAGAUUUAUUAGAGCAGCAAGCAGUCAGCAGGAUAGAGGACAAGAAUUUCAGUUCCUCUGGACUUACUGAGGAAGACUCUGGCGCAGUAUAUCAGUGCAAACUGUGCAAUCGGACAUUUGUCAGCAAACAUGCAAUCAAAUUGCACCUUUGCAAAACACAUGGAAAGUCGCCAGAGGACCAUCUUAUUUUUGUGAAAGAGCUGGAAAAGUUUGAGAAACAAUGA